GUAGUAUAGAAUGAUCUAAGAAAUAGUAUGAGCUUAAUAGCUUAUACAGAAAUGUAAUUCAAUUUAACCUUAGAUAAUUUAAAAUUUCGUUGAUUAAUUUAAAUGAGAUAGAAAGAUAUAAAAAUUGUAAAAUAUCACUUUCUAAUAUGAUUGAAUUAGAAGAAUGUGGAAACUGGAUAAAAAAGUCAUCAUUUCAAAAGAUAUGUCUACAAAUUCCAGAUUACCUUAUGCAUCAUGCUGUAGAAAUAAUAUUGAAUCUGCAAAAAUAUUCUAGUGCAUUUUUGUAUGUAAUUGGUGAUACAUCAUAUGAUAAUUGCUGUAUCGAUAAACUUACUGUUAAUCGUUUUGAAGCAGAUGCAUGCAUACAUUUUGGUCAUGCUUGUUUAAGUUGUACCAAUCAUUUACCAACUUUUCAUGUUUUUCAAAAGAAAUAUUUUGAUAUAGAAUUAUUUUGUAAAGAAUUUAAUGAAUAUUUUAAAGAUGAAUCCAAAGAAAUUCUACUUUUUUAUGAUACAUCCUUUACAUACAUAAUUGAACACAUUUAUGAAAAAUUAUAUAAAAAAUAUAAAAAUUUGAUUUUUUCUAUAUUAAAAUGUAUUUCUAAUGUCCCAUUUUCAAAAAUACAUCCAAAUGAAUCUCAUAAAUCCAUUAUAGGAAGGCAAUACAGUUUGCCUUCUGAACAUCAAUUGAAUAUUUAUGAUGCUGUAUUUUUGGGACCAAAUGAUAAAACAUUACUCACAUUAUUUAUGAGUUUACCUGUAAAUGCUUGUCAUUAUUUUGAUGGGUCAAAGAUAUAUAAGUUUAAUAUGCUAAAGUCAUUAUGGUUCAAAAGAAGAAACUUUUUAAUUGAGAAAAUAAGAGAUGCUACAACAUUUGGCAUUAUUAUAGCCUCUUUGAAUGUUGAAAACUAUCUAGCAAUCACAGAAAUGUUAAAAUCUAUUCUUAAUAAAGUAGGUAAAAAAGUAUAUACAUUCAAUGUAGGAAAAAUUUCCCCAACAAAACUAGGAAACUUUCAUCAGGUAGAUAUAUUUGUAGCUAUAACCUGCCCAGAAAGUAGUUUAAUAGAUUCAAGAGAUUAUUUAAAACCUAUUGUAACACCUUUUGAAGUUGAAUUAGCCUUUAAUGAUUUAAGAGAAUUUUCAUUGCUUCAUGAAUUAGACUUUAAACAAAUAUUACCUGGAGGAACAAAUUAUAAGAAUUUUGAUGUUACAUCAAAACCGGAUAUAUCUCUCAUUUGUGGUAAAAGUAGACAAAUCAAUAGUAGCGAUAUUACUAUUAACAAUACACUUACUCACAAAGAAAGAGGAACAUUAAAGAAUAAUGAAAUCAAUAUAAAUUGUUUGAAUUCAAGAACGUGGAAUGGACUUGAACAAAAAUUGGGUGAAAAUCAUGUCAAAUUAGCUGAAAAUGGUCGAAAUGGCAUACCUAUUAAUUAUGAAAAUGAAAGUAUAUAAAUUAUAUAUUGUAAUAACAUU